GUCCUUAAAAAAAAAAGCCAUGGAUUUUCAGAAUCGAGCAAAGGCGAGCUUUGGCGGCGGUGGCAUGGCGUCGGCCGCCGAGUCCAACCUGGCCAGGAAGAGGCGUCUGCGAGAGCUGGCGUCCGAAGUGAUUGACGUGACAAAGGAUCCCUAUCUGCUGCGGUCGCAUCUCGGCACGUACGAGUGCAAGCUGUGCUUGACGCUCCACUCCAACGAAGGAUCGUACCUCGCGCACAGCCAGGGCAAGAAACACCAAGAACAGCUGGCUAAGCGUGCCGCACGCGAUGCUCGAGACAAUCCAACGCAGGCUGCUCCGGCCAAACCGCGCUCAGAGCUGAAAAAGUUCCUCAAAAUUGGCCGACCUGGUUACAAUGUCACCAAGCAACGCGACCCGCAGACUGGCCAACACAGUUUGUUCUUCCAGGUCGAUCUGCCUGAAAUCGCGGAAGGCGUCAUCCCGUACCAUCGUUUCAUGUCUGCAUUCGAGCAGCGCGUCGAGAAUCCUGAUCGCGCCUGGCAGUAUUUGCUGGUUGCCGCCGAGCCGUACGAAACAAUCGCCUUCCGCCUGCCAUCGCGCGAGGUGGACAAGGCCGACGGCAAGACGUUUACGCACUGGAAUCCGGACACCAAGCAGUUCUCAUUGCAGUUCCAUUUCAAGCUCACUGGCGAGCAGCAGCUGGCAUUGCGCCAACAUCAGCGAAACCAGUCUUAUGCAACGGGGGCUGUUCGACUUGAUGGAAAUGGCGAUGGUCAGCGAUAUACAGACGAUGCAACUCCCAUGGACGUCAACUCAGGGCAAGCACCUUUUGCUCAGCGGUGAUUUUGUGUUUUGCGUAGUUGCGUGUUUGUUUAUUUUCGUUUGCUAUGAGUUCUAGCUGAUGUCGUCAAUGAAAUGGACAUGGCAAUUGUGUUUUGAAACAAGCGGG